CUCAGGAGCUGGAGGUAGGAGCUGUGUAUUUACCUUUGACACAAUGUGAUCUGUUUUAACACGGCUGAUGGGUCAGAUACAGUAGUCAUCAAGAAGACAUGGCCAUAUAGUGACCUUCUUCCAGUUGACUAUGCUGAGAUUACUCACGUAAAACACCAAGUUCGGUGGCGGUACUGCACACCAGUGUAAUGGAGAUACUGUCAGAGAAGAUCGUCAAACAUGCCAUCGCAAUCAUUCAAUUAUUGACCGGAGAGGUCGACCCUGAAGACUGUAUCGGAGAAUCAAGGUGUUCCUUUUUAACAGAAGUUGCCAAAAUAAAUGAUAAGCUUCUUAUAGAGAAGAUCAUUGGACAUGCAUCUCAGAUUAUCCAUCUUAUGUCUCGAAAGGUGCCGAAAUCAUCUUAUGAUGUAAUACACGCAGAGGAGAAAAGAGCGCUGUCAGGGGAUCAAAAGAAAACAUUUUACACCAAUGAGAAACAUAACCAAGCCCUCAAUUGGGAUAAUACUAAAGAAUGCAACAUACAGAAUAUACAAGAUCAACCUGCCCAGGCUCAUGGUGGCAAAAAAAGUUGGAGCACGGCCACAAAACGCGAACCCAUGAAGCAUACUGGAAAGAUGAUUGAAGAACCGUUGUCUUCGAGCAAUCAAAAUCUACUUUUUGCUCAAUAUAAAGACAUGUCAAGGGUACCUGUGUUUGAACAACGUAUACAACAAAACAUUACCCCUAUAAAAAUUCACAAAAGGCUGCAAGCUAAGAUUUAUAAUGGCAAGGAGCUUGGUACCCCAAUGAAGAAAUGUGUUGAGUCUCUACCAAAAAAGACCACAAUGCAGAUUGAAGAUACAUACCAAGGUCACCACCAAAAGAACUCUGGUAGUUUAAGGUUGGAGAGCAACCAAAGGAUCCAUGCAGAAGAAAGACCAUGUGGGCUUUCAGAAUAUGGGGAAAGUUGCAGUAUUUUGGCACGUUCUGAAGUAAACAGUUCCAGCAACAGUUCUUCUUUAAGGGGAAGUCAACAUGGGGAAUUAGCUUAUGCUGUUACAGAAAGUGGAAAAAGCUUUGUCAUCACUUCUUCUGUACCAAAAUCACACUCCGGCCACAGUGGAGAGAAGUCUCAUAUCUGUAGUGAGUGUGGGAGUAGUUUUGUCAGUAGUUCAACUCUGCUUAAACACCAAAUCAUUCACACUGGAAUGAAGCCAUAUUCUUGCCAGGACUGCGGAAAGUGUUUCAGCUUUAGCUCCAGUCUUAUAAGGCAUCAGCGGGUUCACACCGGAGAGAAACCUUAUGCUUGCAACGAGUGUGGUAAAAGAUUUAGCAUUAGCACAACACUGGUUAGGCAUCAGAGAGUGCAUACCGGAGAAAGACCAUAUGCAUGCGAGGACUGCGGCAAAAGAUUCACUUGUAACUCUCACCUCGUUAUACAUCGAAGGUUACACACCGGCGAAAGGCCCUAUACCUGCAUGGACUGUGGAAACAGUUUUAGCAACGGGUCGGAUCUUGUUAAGCACCAGAGGACGCACACGGGAGAGAGACCGUAUUCUUGUAACGAGUGUGGCAAAUGUUUCAGCAUCAUCUCCAACCUCAUCACGCAUCAAAAGGGGCACAAAGGAAAAGGCUACUGUAAAAAGCGUCUGGCAAAAAAGUAUGAGCUGACAUGUUAGACAAAGAACAAAGGGGAACUUUCUGUAGAUUUAUGUUGAAUUUUAUAAGCCAGGGUGAUAGUUUUUGGCAGUAAUAACAUGUUUCCAUAGAGCGCAGCAUAAAAUUGCAAAAAAG